AUGGAAGUGAACAUAGAGAACUUUGAUGUUCCAGAAAAUCUUUUUACCGCGAGGGAGCGAAGCAGUUCAUCAGACUUUAGUUAUAUUGGUUUUACUCUUUCACGUGGGAAGCUUAUUAUUGAUGGCAUGAGAUCCAAGCCACAUGUUUGCCAGUUGGCACAGAGUAACAAAGGUUACGACGCUGUUUUUUUCCUUUAUAAUGCCACAAGCAAGUGGUUUGAUAUUGUUAGAACAGGAGCGUUACGAGAUCUUCAGUUGUGUUUCAACCUUACAAGCUGCCCAGCUGAGCCUUCAGAAGGUGAGAUUUACAUGGGGCCUAUCAAAGGGGACGUUUCGAAUAAGGUGUUUUCACCAGCAAACGAAAACUUACCAUCUACAUAUAAUAAUGUAGUUCCUCUGGAUCCAAAUGGUCAUUUUUCACAGUUAGCCGAGUAUUAA